GUGAUCUGUUCCGCCGCGCCUACGACUCAGGGAAGCAUACCGAUGUUUUGUUGAUUCCUUAGUUUUUCCAUUUUGAGACGAUUUUGUAAACAGGAAAAUGGUGAAACAAGAGCAGGGAUCAACCAACCGGCCUGACAACACCGCCUUCACUCAGCAGAGGCUUCCUGCAUGGCAGCCCAUGCUCUCCGCUGGCAUUGUCAUCCCAGGGUUUGUCCUCAUUGGUCUGGCAUUCAUCGGCAUUGGCGUCGCUCUCUUUGUCACUUCACGGAGCAUCCAAGUGCUGGAGAUAGACUACACUGGGUUUGAGAAUGACUCACCAUGCUUCAAGUGCUCUGACCCAGAUGUAAAGAACUGUAUGUGCAAAGUGGACUUCACCAUUGACAGUCUCUUUAAGGGGCCCUUGUUCUUUUAUUAUGGUUUGUCCAACUACUUCCAGAACUACAGAAGGUAUGGUGUGUCUAAAGAUGCUAACCAGCUGUCUGGAGACCUGAAGUACUUUAAGGAACCCGGUGAUACCUGUGCUCCCUAUGAGUAUGCCAACGGCAAACCAAUUGUACCAUGUGGAUCCAUUGCAAACAGCAUGUUCAAUGACACCUUCAAGCUGUAUCAGAUUGUCAAUGGGUCAAAGAAGCAGGUGCCCUUGGAUGGAAAAGGGAUUGCUUGGUGGACAGACUACAACGUCAAAUACAGAAACCCCACUGUCACACCUCUGAAGGACGCCUUUAACGGCACUGUGAAACCCAUAUUUUGGCCCAGGCCGGCUUAUGAGUUAGACCCCUCAGACUCUGCCAACAACGGCUUCAUCAACCAAGAUUUCCUGGUGUGGAUGAGGAGGGCAGCCCUGCCAAAUUUCAGAAAGCUGUAUCGACGAAUCACUGAGGGUGAUUUUGCACUGGGGCUGCCAGCUGGAAACUACGCCCUUGAAAUUGCCUACAACUAUCCUGUUCUGAGCUUUGAUGGCAGAAAGACGGUGGUGUUCAGCAAUGUGUCCUGGAUGGGGGGCAAGAAUGAGUUCCUGGGUAUUGCCUAUCUCGUGAUGGGUUCUUUGUGUGUCUUCAUGUCCAUAGUCAUGCUCAUUGUCUAUGCUAAAUUCAAGUUCCCUGAGGAGGAAUGAUCAACUGGUCAUGGAAUGUAGUUGAGUGGGGGUUUAUAUACUCCAUCAACAAUUUUAUUUUUCCUUUUUGCUCUGUGAUGAAAGCACAGUACCGUGCACCUAUAAACUGAAAUCACAUGUUACUCUUGACAUGAAUAUGUCCCCUAAGGUGCGGAGGAAGCCUGGUGUCAUUUUGUGAGGCAGGACUUGAGUUUUUCCAUUGACUGCAAAAUAGGAAUUGGCUUUGUGAACGUGUCUGUAUUUAGCAGAACAGCUGUAUAAGAAUUGUUUCUUGCUGGUAUCUCAGAUUCAUUAGAGACAAGUCCAAAAUCAUGUUACCUAUGGUUGUCAAGUCUAUUUUAAUGACAUUUAUACUUUCUCAUCUCUACCAACAUGACUGAAUCCUCAGGAUGAAGGCAGAAUUGGUAUGCACUGUGAACUAGCUCAUAAUAAGCUGGCAAAUAGUGACAUACAUAUGCUCAUUUGUAAAUAAAAGCAGCUCAGUUUAUGCAACUUUAGUUUGUUAUUUUGCCAAACCUGUGAAUGGCAGGGUGUUUUUUCUCAGGCUUAAGGAAGUCUCAUACUGUAUCUUUUAAACUUCUUUCAUAGCACAAAAAGAGCCGCCUCUUCAUUUUAGGCCAGUAAUCAUAUUUAAGCCAUAAAUCAUUUGAUAAGCUAUUGAUACUGGACAAGAAGUUACAUUUUACUGUAUGUGUGUGGGAUGUGUAAUGUAACUUGCAAAUUUAAUGCUCUAAAAUUGAAAAUAUAUUGCUCUCAGGGAUAUGGUGUACAGGCUGUCCAGCUCAUGUUGUUUUUGAAAUGCUUUUAUCUGUUUUAAGAGUGAUUAUUCUUUGUAACUGAGUUUUAACUCUUCAUGCUGAUAUUUAUUUAAUAAAACCACACCAAAACCAUUA